GUCAUUUCUGCCCCAUAGGAACUGUGGAACCAUUAUCUUGUCAUUAUAUGGCCUAUUGUCCACCCGGAUCAUCAUUUGCCAAUAAAUAUUUAAUUGGAGUUUUAGUAGCUGCCAUAAUAUUAUUAAUCUUAAUAUUAUUCCAAAUCAAAAAGAGAGCGGAUGACGAAAAGAACAAAAAAUAUAAGAGAUUAUUAGUAGAACCCAGAAUUGAAAAUAGUGAAAAACCUUUAGAUCGCGUUUCACAAACAUUUGAUAUUGAAUUUGAAAAUUUAGGUUUAGUUUUACCUUCUGGUGUCGAAAUUAUGAAGGGAGUUUCAGGAUCACUUGUACAUGGUAGAACAUGUGCGAUCAUGGGUCCAUCUGGUUCUGGUAAAACUACAUUAGUUUCCCUUUUGACGGGAAAAGUAAGAAAAACAAAUGGAAAAAUAAAAGUUAAUGGAAUUUCAAGGCCUCUAGAUUAUUAUAGAAAACUUAUCGGUUUCGUACCUCAAGAAGAUAUAAUGCUUAGAGAGCUAACGAUACGCGAAAUUUUGGUGCAUUCCGCACUAAUGCGUUUACCAACCGAAAUGAAACGUGAGGAAAAGAAACAAAAGGUUAUUGAUGUUAUUAAAUUUUUGGAAUUGAGUCAUGUAAUGGAUACCGCUAUUGGCGAUGAAGAGUCACGAGGUAUAUCGGGUGGUCAAAGGAAACGCACAAAUAUUGGAAUGGAACUUGUAGCAGAACCAUCUGUCCUUUUCUUAGAUGAACCAACAUCGGGUUUAGAUUCAACAACAGCAUUAGAAGUAUGUAAAUUAUUGAAAAAAAUUGCGAAGCAUCAAGGAAUUACAAUUGCAGCCGUAAUUCAUUCACCAUCAGAAAAAUCUUUUAAAAUGUUUGAUGAUCUUAUGUUGUUGGGUAAAGGAGGAAGAGUUGUAUAUUCUGGACCUCGGAAUGAAGCAAUGAAAUAUUUUAAUGAACUUGGAUUUGUUCUUCCUGAAGAUGAAAGUGAACCUGAUUUUAUUAUGGAAAUAGCAUCAGGAAGAGUAAAACCAAAAGACAGUGAUUUAAGUUUAGAAGAUCUUUAUUAUGAAUGGGCAUAUCAAUCUCAGAAAAAAAACAGAGCUUCAUCAGUUUAUAGUAAUAGUGUUUCUAAUGAUUAUCAAGGAGUAAUAAUUAAUAUUGAAUCAUCAACAUUAAGAUCUGGAUUUGCAACAGGAUUUUGUGCACCAAUUUAUCAAAUUAUACAUGAUUCCUAUCAAUAUGCGAUUGAUAUUGGAAUAGAAUUUUCUUAUUUUCUUAAAGGAUUUAUUUUUUGGACGAAAGAUCCCGUUCGUCAAACACCAAAUAUUUUUAUAUCAUUUAUACUUUUAUUUAAAAGAGCAUGUUUACAAAUUUAUCGAAACAAAUCAAGAUUUAUGUUUGAUCAAUUAUUACAUCUUGGUUGCGGCUCAUUUGUUUCUUUGGCAACAAGUAGCCUUUAUUAUGUUGGACGAGCACCUAAUCCGAUAUGUUCUAUAGCGCCUUAUAUCGACGUAGCACGUUGUUUAACGCCGAGUGAUACACUUCAGACUGUAGGAGUAUUUGUGGCCUUGGGAGCAACAUUUUGUGGCAUCAAUGCUGGAACAGCAACAUUUGGAUAUGAAAAAGUUGUAUAUUGGCGUGAUACAUCUUCAGGAAUGAAAACCAUACCUUAUUUCUUAGCAAAAAGUAUUGCAGACAUUCCAAGGAUAUUAAUAGCUGGGCUAAUGUUUUCAUUAGCAUUUAUAUUAUUCUAUUCAUAUCGAUCACGUUUCAGUGAAAUUUAUAUUAUUGUUUUACUUACUUAUAUUGCGGCAUGGAAAAUGGAGAAAUUAGGAUUAGUUAGUACGGGAUUUGCUCUUGCUUUUGGUAUGGUUUUAAGUGGGGCAACUCCUAGAUUGGAUAUGGUUAAAGCAGAUAAUAGCUUGAAGUGGUCUGUUGAAGCAAUAUAUCUUAAAGAAUUAGAUCCAGGAAAAUGGAUUGAAAUUCAUACAGAAAAUCUAAGAUUUACGUAUAGCUUUGACGAUUAUCCAAAAGCUUUGUAUAAUAUAUUACUUAUUGCAUUGGCGUGGGCAUGUUUAGCAUUUUUAGCAAUGAAAUUGGUUAUUGAAAGAUUAGAAAAAUUAAAUACUCGCCAUACUGUUUUAUCAAAAGAAUUAAAUAGACAAGAACUUGAAGAAAUCAAUACGAUUAUUGGCGACAAAUUAGGAGAUGAAGACUUUAAAAAACUUGCUUAUGAAGAAUAUCAAGAAACCAUAGAAAAGUUAAAAAGUUUAGAGCAAUCUGUCAUAACUGCGUUAUUACCUAAAGAUGAUAUUGAUGAAAAAAAUGCAGUUUUGGAAAUCCGUGCAGGUACCGGAGGUGAAGAAGCGGCAUUAUUUGCAGCUGAUAUAUUAAAUAUGUAUGAAAGAUAUGCUUUAUUGUGUAAAUGGAAGUUCGAAAAGUUAUCAAUAGAUGAAGAUUCUUUAGGUGCAAUAAAGGGAGUUACCGCCUCAAUAUCAGGUUUGGGAGUUUUUGGAAAUAUGAAAUAUGAAUCAGGGGUACAUCGAGUUCAAAGAGUUCCUACUACAGAAAAAGCAGGACGUGUGCAUACAAGUACUGUCACUGUAGCAAUAUUACCUGAACCCACUGAGGCUGAUAUUAAUGUUCGAGAAUUAGACUUAAGAAUUGAUACUUAUCGAUCUAGUGGUAAAGGGGGUCAACAUGUGAAUACUACUUCUAGUGCUGUCCGUAUAACGCAUAUUCCAACUGGAAUCGUUGUUGCAAUACAAGAUGAACGAUCCCAACCAAAGAAUAAAGCGAAAGCUCUAAAGAUUUUAAAAGCAAGAUUAUUCGAUACAGAACGUAAUCGGGUACAUCAAGAAAGAAGUAAUGCGCGUAAACAACAAGUUGGAACUGGCGAUAGAUCAGAAAAGAUUAGAACCUAUAAUUUUGCACAGGUAUUUAGAGAAACUAUUGGAUGCUUUACAAAAUGA